CCACACCACAUCUCGCCCUCCCCAGCAGCAGCACCUCGCUCGGCUGAGAGCAGCUCGUCGUUUGUUUUCUGUUCGUGUGCGGCAGACUGGCAGCUGCCUCGUUUUUGCUUCCCAUUCUCUUCUGCGUCGUCAUCAGCAGCUCCUGCUCUCUCUGGCCGGCCUGGGGGUUUCAUGCACGCUGCAACGACACUCGUUUGAUCUUUUCCCCCGCUAGCUGCUGUCUGGAGCGCCCACGCCGCUGGCCACUGACGACCUGGACACGUCGGCAGCGGUUUGCAACUCGACACACUGGCAGUCUCUGCGAGACGGAACGGCCGUCAACGACUCGACGACGACCGGUUUGCAGCACGCCCGAGCGGCAGCAGCAACAGUCAACGGCCACACCAUCGAUAACGAAACCUUGCAUUCCUACCGCGUGUCCGCAUGCCCUCGUUUCUCCACGCCCGUUGCUGAUCGUCUUCGUCCACACAGUCCUCUGGCAAGGACCGCCAAUCGCUGACGCUGCACCAACUGCACCACACUCGUUUGUACCACUCACAGCCACGCGCGCACCGCACCAUCUCUCCCCAGUCCACCGGCCACCGUUGCAUGCGGAGGAGAUUGCCUUGCGGAACUAGUCCCAGCAGCAACUCCGAGUUGCCACGAGCACCGCCAUCCGCAAGGUCGACGACAGCGUAGAACACCGCAGCGUACCUGCAUUUUCCCGGACUCUGGUGCGCAAAAUCCAUUGGAGUUGCGAGUGCGGCAAGGAUUCUCGACGGCCCUUUGCAGCUCUGCACGAUCGCAACGAAAACGCCAGCCCGGCCCACGAACAGCCAUUGUGACGUGCAUUGUUCGUUGUGUGCAGCCACUUCCGCUGCUCUGAUUGUCCGCCGAGGAUGAGUCGCCAUUACUAUGAUCAAGGCUAUGGCGAGCCCCAACCCGAAUACCGCCGCUCGCAUGAAUCGCCUCGACAACGCCAGAACGUCCACCCUUCGAAUCGGAGCAUACCUCGACCAGGAUUCGCUACUUCAGAUCGCAUGCGCGGGCCGCCUGCAAUGCGACCAGAUCACCCCGGACCUCCACCUGCACGCGACCCAAGACGAGUGCAGUCACCGCAGCAGCAACAGCACUACUAUCCUCCCAGCAAUCAAACAUGGCAGUCCUCGGAGCACUUGUACGACGGUAGUGCAUACGACUACCAAGAAGACUAUGGACAAAAUGAUCAAUGGCCGCUUCCGCAACCUCCUGCACCACGUCCAAUGCGUGACGGCAGCAGCAGUCCCCGUCGAGCACCGCCGCGACCUCAACGACCCGAUGAGUCUCCUGGCCGAGUCGAGUAUCAGCGCCGCGACCCACCUCGAAGUAUGAUUCCAGUGGCACACGCCAGCCGACAGCACUAUCAACCUCCAAUGGGAUCGCAUCAUGGUAAUGGCCAGUGGACUGGCGAUGGUUACAGCUAUGUCCCUCCUCCAAACUAUCCUUUGCCAGAUCGUCCGCAUCCGAACAUGGCAGCUGGUCACGAUGAUGGUCUCUCUGCCAUCCCGCCAUAUCCUCCCCCGCAAGUGCAUCAACAAGUCGCAUACCGACAGCCGGAGAACCGUCGACCACCAUUGGGACCUCCUCCUUCGUCGCGAAGAGGACCUCCAUCGUACUAUCCACAAGUCGGUCCAGUGCAUCCAAUUCAGGAGGAGACCGACAGUAUGCGCGGUAGCACUCGCACUGUGAGCGCGCAUACUGCCGGUCACGACAGCAAGACUUCUUUCGCCAGCAGCAAUGCCAUCCCGAUCGGAAUUACUCAGAGUCAUCUCGAUCGCGGCCGGGAAAUGGCGAAUGCUCCACCUAUACAGCGACCACCACCUCCGUCUGACACGGAGUCUGAGGACUUCGACUACGACGAUUCCCCUACGGAACCUGCGAUUGCGCGAGGGGAGAUCAGGACACCCGAGCCUGCUGGGUUCCUCGACUCUGCGAACAUGGAGACGGGCAUUGUCCGGCAAGCCAGUCUUGGAAAGAGGAGCAAGCCCACCUUGACCACUGUCCGCAGCUCGGAUCACAUGAAGAGGGCCAUCGAUGACGCUAAGAGCGAAAUUGGUACUGCUAUCAGUCAGCCGCACGGGAGUGUCAGAGGUUCAACUGCAACUACUGAUAGCCCUGAGCGCACUGAGCGUUCUAGAGCUCUGGCACAGGAAAUGCUUGAAGGACAUACGCAGCCGGGUGCUGAAAGUGAAGGGUCAGAUACAGACGCGCAAAAGGAACAGCAGAGUAUCCCAAUGGUGGCCAUUGCAGAACAUCGACAGGAAGGUCCUUCACCAGAUAAGCAGAGUUCGAGCAGAAAGACGCCAAGCGAGACGUUCCGCUCUGGCACUGGCUUUCUCGACUCCCCAUCCUUAGACCACAGGCCCACGCUCGAACAGCGACAGUCAAAGGAACUUCUUGGUGCGACAACGCCGCUUCGCCCGCAGCGAUCUCGCACGCGAUCGCCACUCGUGCCUCUUGAUGAUCCGCGGAGAGAGUCCAUUGUCGAUGGUCUGGAGAAAGGGGGUGCACUCAGCACAGAGGAAGCUCAGGAGCUUAAGCGGCCCAUGGGCGGACUUUCAGCACGCGAAGGCAAGCGUAGGCCGCCUCGCCUCAAUGUUGACGCUGUCAAAGAAGCUGAGGCACGAGGAUCACUCACAAGUUUACCUGAUCUCAUCCGAAGAGCCACCAAGCUGGCAUCCAACCUCGACCGUGGCAAGACUGCCUCUAGAAUGGGCAUGAACUGGAUCGAGGGUGCUAACAAUCUGGACGAGAAGAAGCGACGUUCCGGAAGCAUGUCUGACAUUUUGAAUGCGUUUCCCCCACCUGCACUGUCAACACCCUCCGAGUCCCGCAAUGCAUUUCGACGAAGUCUCGCGGCUUUCUCGUCAAAGAAUCGUCAUUCGCAGCUGCACAGUGAUAGCGACGCUGGCAUGAUCAAGCGAAGACGAUGCUGCGGCAUGCCGAAAUGGCUCUUCAUCUGCCUUAUGCUCCUGCUCCUCCUUCUCGUUGCUGCUGCUGUUGUCGUUCCCGUCAUGCUCGUUGUCGUGAUCCCCAAUCAAAAUUCCGGAUCGACAAAGGUUGGAAGCUGCGCCGCCCAGUUGACGUGCGAGAACGGAGGGGCUAAUAUCCUUGGCAGUAACGGCGAUUGCGAGUGUUUGUGUGUCAAUGGAUACACGGGAACUACUUGCUCAAGAAAACAGGAGUCGGGAUGUACUUCCAUAUCGACAGGCUCUUCCGGGAAUGCCACGAUUGGUGAAGCACUUCCGCGGCUGCUGGACAGCUCAGAGUCUCAGUUUGGCAUUCCCUUGGACAGGCAAGAACUGCUUGGACUCUUUUCCCGAGCGGACAUGAGCUGCAAUGUGCAGAAUCAGCUCGUGACGUUUGAUGGAGAGACUACCAAGGCAAAGAGGCAGGAUGCGUCGAGUAGCACCAUCGGCAACAGCAUUCUCGUAGCUACGGGAAGUCCGACUCCAGUCACUACAUCGACUUCGACGACGGCAACAGCGACUACUUCUUCGUCAUCGUCAACCGGAACUCUGUUGACAGACGGCAACAGCACUGUCGACUUCGCCCGCGUUGCAGUGCUGUAUGUCUUCCAGGACGCAAAGACUUUACAAGCCGCAGCAGAUGCGCAAGAGAACCUACAGAGCUUCUUGCGGGGUGGCAACCUGGCGGACGGGAGCAGUGCGUUAAAGUCGAAUGUCACGUUAGGCAAUGGGUAUGAGGUGGAUUUGAACGAAUUUGUGCUGCAGGUGCGCAAUGGGACGAGGGUCGGAAGGGGGGCAAGCUGAGAAACGGCGGGAGGGAAGGUGUUGCUAAGCAUCAAGCGUUUGGGUUUUAAAAAGAAGCGGGUUUUGGGUCGUGUGUAGGAUAUUGUUUUUCUUCUUUCGAUGAGCUGUUCUAGUAGCGAGGCGCUGCUUACGCAUUUUGCCUUCUCCGCAGUGAGAGGAUGAGACGGCCGAAUAAUGGUAUGAAGGAAAGGAAAAGCGAAUUUUAUCUCAUCGAAUAUGUUUUUCUUUCCAUUCAAAGACGAGCGUGAAUCAAAUACAGCUUGUCUGCAACUGCAGUCGCUGUUUCGAUAGGUUAGAG